UACGUUCACGACGGCCGGCCGUCUUCGGGUUUUUCAUUUUCGCGUCGACAGCAGUCCGUGACGGGUCAUCGCGAUCAUUGUGACAAUGAUCCGCGCCCACGACCGAUCCCGUUUCCAUCCGUAGACGGCGGUGCCGAGAGAGAGGCCUUCAACCGUUCAACCUGCAGCCUCGUCGCGCAACACCAACUCACGUUCCCGAUCGUCGUAACAUAGGUCCUCCUCGUCAUACACCGUCCGGUCGAAGACCGAAAACAAAACCAACACGCUCAUAAACUAUCCCUUCGUCGUCAACAUGCGCUCCCCCAACGUGUACCUGUACGCUUUCUUGACGGCCGUGGCGCUGGUGCCGCGGUCCGCGGCUCGGCCCGCGUCCGUCAAAGUGCAGGUCAUCGAAACCUACGACGGCGGUCCGACCGCUGCAGGGUCGCCGGCCGACGCCCAACAGAACACCAUCGUCGAAGUCUCCCCGGGCGACACGGCCGUGCUCCAGUGUCCCAGCAACGACGAGCGGCACAGGUUCCAGUUCUGGUGGAUGAAGUCCGACCAGUACAUCGGGCCCGGCACGUUGCUCAACAGCGACAAGUUCAAAUACGAAGUCCUCACCGGCACGCUGUACAUCAAGCAAGUUACGUCUAAAGAAAGCGGAAUCUACACGUGCGUCUGCAAAAACCUCGAAAACAUAUCACUGUCUGCAAAAUCCGUACAAUUAGAGAUAAAAAAAGAAUGGCGAGAUCUCUGGGCAAAUGACUACACGGUUAACAGCAUCCGAGUAGCGGCUGUUUUAAGUGUGCUGGUAUUAGUUUUGCUGUUAAUGUACUUGUUUUACUUAACAGCAUAUAAAAAUGGAAAUAGAACGUUGCACUUUAGAGAUUAUUCAGAUGAAGACAUUUCAACCGAUAGACAAAUGUAUAGGAAAACGAAUAUUAUGAAAGAAAAUAUGUUUCAACACGGCAUUGACAACCCAACGCUAGAAAAAGAAGUUUCCCAAGUCAAAAAGAACAUCGAAUCAAAAGCGUAGCGAACAGUUUGGUACGAAAAAGGAACAUAGUUCCUUGUCGAAGAAGAACUAUUCGUAUUGUUUUUUAUUGACGAAAAUACGGAUAGUCGAGUUGAAAAAAAAAAUGUAAAGAUAUAAGAACAAUUGUUU